AUGUAUUCAAAAUUAUCAAUUGUGCUUCUUGCUGCUGUUGUGUGUGCUACCGCUGUUGUUGCUCUACCACAUCAGGAUAAUAGUGAUAAGGAUAUUAUUAAUGCCUUAAAUAAAAUUGAUAAUGAACCAUCAUUGCCAUUGUUCGGAGGAUUACGUAUCGAACGGGUAGAAAAUGGUCGUUCAUUUGGUGAAUCAAAUGCUGGUGAAACAUUUGAAGAUCGUGCCGAACGUUAUUUGGAAUCUCACGAAUUGAAUUUGGCAUUCCCUGGUGAAGAUGAUGAGAGCGAAGAUGAAUUCGCUGGACGUUCAGCUGAUGAGCCACGCACCAGGAGAGUCAGGAAAGUUUUGUUGCCCCUUCUUUUGGCUUUGAAGCUGAAAAAAGCUGUUGUCUUCAAGGUUCUAUUCAUGAUUGUUAAAUUCAUCUCCCUCAAGGCUUUGGCUAUCAGUUUCUUAGCUCUCAUCUUUGCCGGUGCCACCUUCUUCAAGGAUCUUUUGGCCAAGAAGAAGGAUCAUGUUACCACCGCAUACAUCACCGGAAGCCCAUUGAACGCUGAGAUUGUACACUCUGACUGGAGUCGCAAUGGACAAGCUACUGCUCAAGACCUUGCUUACAACCACUAUGGACUAACUCAACCCUACUAAAUUAAUUUUAAACCAAACAACAACAACAAAUACCAAAUGAAAAACCCUUUUCCUUUGUAAAUUAAUUUAUAAAACCCUUCCUGUAGGAUGUAUCUAGUUAGACCAAAUUUAAAGAAAAAAAAAUGGCACAAAAAAUGGCAAAAUGAAACAAGGAUAACGAUUCGCGAAUAUAAAACGACAGAGAUGAUAGGAGAAAGAGAAAAAGAGUCAAAAGCUCUAUAAGACGGAUUUUGUAAAUAAUUCCGAAAAAAAAAGAAAACAAAAAAAUUUAAUUUAUUUUAUUUCAUAGUUAAAAUAUUACCAAAAAACGAAAAUAUUAUUUAUUUUAUCAAUGAAAAUU